UUGUUUUGUGCUUUCUCUUCAGCUUCCAACUGGUUUUGUUAGAAACCAUAUCUUCUCCGCCGCUCACUUCCUUCAGAGCCGCUUAGGGUUUGUCCCGCGUCAGUUUCAAUGGGAAAGGGAACAGGGAGUUUUGGUAAAAGAAGGAACAAGACCCACACCCUCUGCGUUAGAUGUGGCCGCCGUAGCUUCCAUCUCCAGAAGAGCCGUUGCGGUGCCUGCGCUUUCCCUGCUGCUCGUAAGAGGAAAUAUAAUUGGAGUGUGAAGGCAAUCAGAAGAAAGACCACCGGAACUGGUAGGAUGAGGUAUCUUCGCAAUGUUCCUCGGAGGUUCAAGAGUGGCUUCAGAGAAGGUACCGAAGCAGCGCCAAGGAAGAAGGUUGCAGCGGCUUCUGCUUAAGGUAUCACAAGGUUGUUUUGAAUGAAGCCGUCUUUGUUAGGAAAAUUUUUAUGGGAACUUUACUUGAGGAGUGUUAUUACUGUUGAACACUUUAGUUGUUUUUAGUUUAUAUUUAAGGAGUUUCUUUAAAUUUUGAACAAGGAUGAACGAGCCGAUUGUUGUUUGACGCUUUGAUUACUUGAUACAUUUUGUUGGAUGAAGUUAAUGUAUGUUCUUGUUUUGGUUAAGAUGCCCUAA